UAUAAGGGGAUAUGGAGGAAAGAAAGGGAGAAGUCUUUAAUAAGAUGGAUAGACUAAGAUAUUACCAACUGAAAUACUUUUUUGAGAGCCUUCCAAAGCCCAUAAGAACUAGAAAAGACUGGAAUCCAUUUGAGAGAUUAUUUGAGUCACGGGGAAAUGGUAGACACGGAAUAGCAAAAAUACACAAGAUAUUAAUGGAACUUGACACCGACACUAAAUUAACGCACAUAGAGAAAUGGGAAAGAGAUAUGGGAAGAGAAAUAGAAGAGGAGGAGCAGAGAAAAAUGCUCACAUUAAAUACACGAAAAUAUUAGUAUGAGGGAAGUAGAAAUAAAUUAUAAGUGUUUGAAUAGAUGGCACAUUACACCCAACGUGGAGCAUAAGAUGAAUACGGAAAUUUCACAGAUGUGUUGGAGAGGCUGUGGAGAGGUGGGCACGUGGUAUCAUAUGUGGUGGGAGUGUCCAGAAAUACAGGUGUUCUGGCGGAAGAUAGUUUAUUUGAUAGGGAAAAUCACUAAAAUCAAAAUAGGAUUGGAUCCGGAAUUAUGUCUCCUCCAUAUUUCAGAACUCUCAGUGAAAGCAUAUAAGAGUUCCGGGAUAUGGCAUUACUUGACCGCAGCAAAAAGCCUGAUACCCAGGUUCUGGAAGAAAAGAGAGGUGCCAAAUGAGGAGGAUUGGACGGGUAGAGUAAACCAGAUUGCAGGGACAGAAAGAUUGUACUAUACGCAUGAGGACAAGUUGGAGAUGUAUAAUAAAAAAUGGAAAGGCUGGGAGGAAUACAGAGAAAGGGUGAAAUAUAUGAAGAGAUAA